AUGACCGACCACGACAAAGAUCCGGAAAUUCAAACUAGGUCUGAAGAAAAACAGCCGAGUGAGAGACCCAAGGUGAGACUGCCUUUCGUGUCAAGCAUGCCUGGCAAUGCUUGGGCACAGAUGAGGACACGCGAGCGAGAACGCCGUGAAAAAGGGCUGUAUGGGCUGGAGUUUGGGGAUUUGGGAUAUUCAACUGAAAGUACUCUAACCCGUCCAAUUGCGUCCUCCUCUUCGAGACCUAACACGAUAAGAAAAUUGUCGGGGCUGAAUUAUGACGAGGGACUCGCCCUCCCUAUGCCUAAGCCUAGCCACCUCACAGCAGGGAAUAGUUCUGAUCCUGUGCCUGGGCCAACCACAGCUUCAAAGCUUAACGUUCGGACGAAGUUGGGCGGCGCGAAGAAACAGGCUGCCACGGAGCCUGUGCCAGCUGAGAAUGUUGCGGGUACUAGGGUCGAAGGGGAAAAGAAGAGAUCAAUAGUCGCAACGCUUAAGUCCAAACUCAGUUUCAAAGAGCUUGGUAAAGAGUUCCGUAAAGCUCAAGACCCUCCGCUUAGCGCUAUGCCUCGACUGCCACCGAGUGUUGGAAAUCCACAGGGUGAAGAGAAUAAACAAUCGCCGCCUGGGCCUCUUGAUUUCGACGAGGAAAAGCUGUAUGUCCCCAAGCCAAGACAGCCUGGAGUGCAUCCUGCGUCUGCCCCAGCCGAGACCACCACCUUUCUGGACACAGGUAGCUGUGAAAGCUCCAAAAAUAGCGCUUCGUCCUGUCCCAUACAGCAGGCUAAGGAUUUUGACAAGCUUAAUGCAGAGUCUCUUAAAGGCGUACUCGACCAAGAUCAGCCUCACCAGAAAGUGGCAAACGUGGACCCUAUGACGCGCCUUGGCGCUGUACUAAUCGACGGCUCAUCUCUAGCCACUGUAGGAGAGAGUAGCAGGGGCCAUCCGAUGGUUGUCGAUGCGGAGCGUCGGAUUAUCAGCACGAAAGUGGAGAACAAACCACCCAUUUCCACCAAGUCAAAGACUGAUGCUACCUCCGCUAAGGGCCCGGUUCUGUCAAUACACAAUGCACCAAAAGGUCAGAUUUCUAAUGCAGCGAUAUCCUCGCCUUACAAUGACAGACAAAGCACGGUGGAGAACAGUCAUCCUCUGAUUGUCUCAUCCGAUCAACAAAGGCCUUUGCCUGCCAGGGCACAGGAGACAGCUCGUGUAGACAACUUGAGCGAUCAAUACAGCAGACGUUCAUCUACCAGAUCACGGAGAUCCUUCGCCGCAGCACAGGCUGUACCUGCCCUCGACUCAACACAGUCGAGGCCACCAUUCGAUCCUCAUGUGCCUAUAGAUGAUACUUGUUUCUGUUCUGGCGUGACAAGCCAUGGAGGCUAUGCUCCUCCUCCCCCACAUCCAGGCUACCAGAACACCGUGACCUUAGAGCAGCAAAUAGCCACCUACAUGGAUUCGAUCCAUAUCCACGUUGAUGGUACGGCUAACAGGCUCGCGCGAACUUUGGAAAACGUCCAUAACUGGUCAGCAGAUCAAAUCGUGAGGCAGAUAGAGGCUCUACAGGACCAUAUGCGUACGCUCCAUAGUCGAGUGGUACGCGAGAUAGAAGAAGUGCAGAGAGCCAUGACGGAGUUGCAGACUCAAAUUAGUGCUCUACAGCGCGAGCAGCUUCAGAUGGAAGAUAGGAUAAUGCAAUACCUGCAGAGUGAGCUUAGCAAACUGAGAAGCGAGAUCAACGCGUCUGCCUCGACUGUAAGGUCAAGCUCCCUCCCCUAUAACCCAGCACAGGAUACAAGAUCCGCGAAUAUCAGGUCGCAGGGGAGCCUCGGCUUCUUGAGAUGGUCUAAAGACGAUAGGCAGCAGCCGUUCAGAAAAAGCAAACCACGUCUAGUGGAAAAGGACGAGGUGGGGAUGAACAACACAGGGAACAGGAAAGGGGGAAAACACAACCAAAAUGAACCUGACACACUGAACAAACACGCCGAGGAACAGACACUAAGUGAUGAUGUUCCAACACCUACCGCAGCUUUCCGAACACCAAGUUUCCAUGGCGAUGGUAAGACAGACCAUUUCACUCACUCCAAACAGCACAGCUUGGAAGGCUCUGGUAAGACAUCCACUGAAAGUCCAGAGCCUCUACGCCACCAUUCUGUUAAAGGCAAAGAAAAAGCUGAUAAUAAUCACACUUCGGUUCACAAAGAAGUGAACACUCACACCAUGAGGUACCCAGCUAAGAUGGGUACUUUCUACCCCCACACCCGUGAUGAAAGUGACAAUCAAAGCAAGAAUGAGAGCGAUCCCCUGCCUCCUGCCCAGUGCAGCAGAGACAACAAAGCUUCCGAAAACCAAAAUCCCAAGGAACAGGAAGAGCUUCCGACCACGCCUCCCAUGCAGACAGCUCCUUUCAGCAUCGUUGAGACAGCACGUCGCCUGGCAGAGGAUAGCCCUAGUUCAAUCCAUCCUGCCCUGCGCGAUCAAACCCAGCAGCAGAUCAUGGCGGAACGCGAGCGUCUCAACACGCAGAGCACCCUGACACUCAAGCAGCACCUGCGAUCCUCCCGGUCCUAUCAGGAUUUGAGCUCUCGCUCCAGAAACGCCGCUUCGUUUAACUGGAAUGAUUGCCCAUUCGGAAGUCCUUCGGCGUCGUCCAGUCGCGGCCAAGUCCUACAGGAUCUCGCUCUGGGAUAUACCCCUCUUUCUGCAGCUCCGCUCCAUCCAAUUUCUGGAGAAAUGGAAGCGUUGACUCCUUUUGCUGAAGCACGGCUGUCUCAGGCUAAAGAGGUCACUGCGUUUGCUUACCGUGGCCCGACCCCUCCUCCCAGACAGUCGGAAUCGGACGAGUUGGACCUACCGACCUGGUACCGCGCAGCAUAUGCAUACAAGUCAAUUGAGAAAAAUGAGGGCAACUAG